AGCCGGAGAAAGCUGUGAUGUAACGUGAAACAACAUCUACUGGAAGCUACACUUCAAUGACAUGAUCCUGCAAUCGAAUUCCAAGGAAGAGUUCCAUUCUUAGAGGAAAGUAAACAUCCUCUAUUGUGUUCAGUUUGUAUUUCUUAGACAUCGAGGUCAUUUAUCUCAUUCGCAGCAUAGACGUUUCUUCUGAAAAACUUACUCGUUUUGCUUUUUUUUUUCUUCGGCAGUGACAUGUCAACGUUUGAAAGAUCAAUUGUGAUCAUAUCAGAGAACAAUUAUAUAUGUUUCAUUAAUUGCACUUAGCUUAAUGGACUAGAGUAGCAUCAGAUGUUGACUUACAAAUAGUUUUUCCCAGGUGAAAACUUUGGAUCGAAGCUUAUUGUUGGCAGUGUACAUGCUGCAUUCUUCAGUUGAAAACGUGAUGGUGUGAUCGAUCUCACUCACAUAUUCACUUUGAUUCCUUCUAGAGGGGUGAUGUAUCCACUAUCUUCGAUAGUUCCUUCGAAUUAAAAAGCUUGACAAUUGCACUGUAACGAAGCAGAAGAAGAGUUAAAACGUUUCCUGGCAAAGUUCAACAACCACUGACAGCCAUCACGAGGAAGCCAAAUGAGCUGCAGCAAACAGGUAUAUAUGCGUGGAAGACAAAACGAGAAGAAAAAGCAAACAAUUCUUUUGAAAAAACAACCGUCCAAGGUUUUCUCAAGAAAAGUACUGCAUAUCUAGAGAGAGAAAUAUGAAAAAUGAGAGAAACUGAAACUGCUCCAAUCCACUCGUUCAGGUCCCUAAUAUGCCCCGUGGAUUUGUUUACUGAGAAAAGUUGAGCUCCUGAUGUUUGAUGCCCCUGAAUUAACUAACCCUCUAGAGAUCAGUCCACACUUUCAGAAAGGCUACGACCUCACUAAGGUGUGUUUAAUUACAUUAGCUGUGUGAAACGGAACUGUGCUCGGGUUACAUCAGAUCGAUCUAGGGCAUCCGUCAAACGACGUCCAAGGAGCUGAUCUCGUUGGCUUAAUGAAGAAUAAAAACACCAAGUUACCAAAUAAAUUGUUUGGAAGAAAAAAUACUUUAAAUAUUAUCUUUGGACAGAGUUGAUGAUGUUGGUACAGUUUUCCGGUUUUAGUGGUCAUCUGCACUGGUAUAUAUGGCUGAUGGUUUCUUUAAAUUUUCGUCGACCGGUGUCUAGUACAAGAUGGUAUCCUACUUAUACUUGUGUGGCAGCCAAUAUGUUGAAUUUCUCUUUCUUUCUAUUUAAAUUUCUUUACCGCAAACAUGUGGACGAGCAAUAACGACGGGUAUAUAAGCACCGGAGUCGCUGUUCCAGAAGACACAUCACUUCCUGCUGUGUACAGCAAGAGCUCACAAUGAGAACUACUAGACAAUCUGUUCUUCUGCUGUUAUGUCUCGUGUUGGCCACUGCCCUAGCUGACCGUGAAAGACGAUCACCCGAUGGGCAUGGACAUCACGGGCAUCAUGACCACGAUCACGGACAUGGUGGUGGCGUCCCAAUUCACACUCCUGAUGUGGGUGCCGGAUAUGGUAACCCAGUAGCUGUUUCGUCUUACAAUACGCAACCAGAACAACAGUAUUACGAUCAACAGUCUUAUUCUGUUCAACCAUCUGUUCCUUCCUACGAUACCCAUCAAGGAUCUUCACAACACGAAGGUCAAGCAGCUCCUUUCUACGGUUCCCCAGCUUAUGAGUAUAGCCCUCCUGCUCCUGCAUACAGCCCUCCUGCUCCUGCAUACAGCCCUCCUGCUCCUGAAUACAGUCCUCCUGCAUACAGUCCUCCUGCUCCUGCAUAUAGCCCUCCUGCUCCUGAAUACAGUCCUCCUGCUCCUGCAUAUAGCCCUCCUGCUCCUGAAUACAGCCCUCCUGCUCCCCAAUACUCCCCACCUGCCCCUCAGUAUCCAGCUCCUUCUUACAGCCCUGCAGCUCCACAAUACAAUCCUCCUACUCCUCAGUACAGCCAAUCUUACGAAGUCCCACAACAGUCGUAUGAAGUCCCUCAACAAUCGUAUGAAGCCCCACAAGAGGUGUACGAAGCCCCUCAACAUUCUUACGGAGCCCCGAAAGCCAAGAAACCCAAGGGUAGUUAUGGUGCCCCAAAAGCUAAGAAACCUAAGGGUGGCUAUGGCGCUCCAAAGGCCAGCAAGAAGCCAAAAUCCAGCUAUGGAGCUCCUAAGAAAGCUUACGGUGCUCCUCAACAGUCGUAUGCAGCUCCAGCACCUUAUUACCAAGCCCCUGCUCCUUCUUAUCAAGCCCCAGCUUAUUCUGCUCCUUCUUAUCAAGCCCCAGCCUAUUCUGCUCCUUCCCCUGUCUACACCCAACAAUCCUACUCUCCCCAAGUCUAUGGCCAUUAAACAUUACGUGAAUCCGCUGGCUGAUUCACGCACUUUCAUGUUUUUCUAAUCAUUUGCCCUUUUUUUCCUUGUGCUUACGGGUGAUGUUAUACCCACAUUUUGUUUGCAGUGCAAUGGUUUCCCAUCAGUAAUUGUAAUGUUUAUUAUCGCAUUUUACAGUUGCAAUCAGAAAUAUAUUAAAACUAGUAUCCGAAA